AUGGCACAGCUCCUCCAGGACCUCAUAUACUCCUUCGGGAGCUGUCUGAACUGCUUCCCGGGCUCGCCCAGCCUCAAGAUCAACAGCCGCUCGUUCAAGAUCCUGCGCCUGCUGGGCGAGGGCGGUUUCAGCUACGUCUACCUGGUGCAGGACACGGCGACGGCCGAGCUGCUGGCCCUCAAGAAGAUCCGCUGCCCCUUUGGCGCCGAGUCCGUCCAGCAGGCCAUGCGCGAGGUCGAGGCCUACAAGACCUUUGCCCACUGCCCCGGCAUCAUCCACAGCGUCGACUACGCCAUCGCCUCGGAGCGCAGCGACCCCGGCACCAAGACCGUCUACGUCCUGCUGCCCUACUACCGCCGCGGCAACCUGCAGGACAUCAUCAACGCCAACCUCGUCAACCACACCCGCUUCCCCGAGAAGCGCCUCAUGGUCCUGUUCCUCGGCGUCUGCCGCGCCCUCCGCGACAUGCACCAGUACCAGGCCCCGCCUGGCGGCGAGCGCAUGGAGGCCGGCAACGCCAAGGCCGGCGAGGAGGACGUCGGAGGGCCAAAGGGGAAGAACAGGAGAAACAAGGCCGUGUCGGCGGCCGAUGCCGAUGACGAGACGGAGCAGGCCAGACCGCUCAUGGUGGACGAGCAGGUGGCCGCGCCCGGAGAGCGGAGGUCGUAUUCCCACCGGGAUAUCAAGCCAGGAAACAUCAUGAUCGAGGACAACGGCUCGGAACCCAUUCUCAUGGACCUGGGCUCCAUUGCGACAUCACCAAUACCAAUCACAUCGCGGUCGCAGGCUAUAGCCAUGCAGGACGUGGCCGCAGAGCACAGCACGAUGCCGUAUCGGGCGCCGGAGCUGUUCGAGGUGAACACGGGCGCCGUCAUCGACACCAAGGUCGACAUCUGGUCGUUAGGCUGCACAUUAUACGCCUGCCUGGUCGGCAAGUCGCCCUUUGAGAUGCGCAGCGACGAGACCGGCGGCAGCUUGAGCAUGUGUGUGCUCGGCGGCGACUGGAGGUUCCCCGACGAGGGCCCCAAGGGCCAGAAGAAGGGCAAGGGCCCGGCCGCCGCCGCGGGAGCUGGUGCAUCGGACGAGGCCAUCAGCGACUCGAUAAAGGAGGUCGUGAGGAAAUGCCUCACGGUAGAACCGGACCACAGGCCGGACAUUGACGAGCUGAUAGCCAUGGUGGAGCAGGUCGUCGACGAGCUGCCAGAAGACAGCGUAUGA